UUCACAAUGGGCAAGGAAGCUUCUUUCGCUCCUGGUGACUCUGCCAAGGGUGCCAAGCUCUUCCAGACUCGCUGCGCUCAGUGCCACACUGUCGAGGCUGAUGGCGCCAACAAGGUUGGCCCCAAGCUUCACGGUCUGUUCGGCCGUAAGACUGGUUCCGUCGACGGCUACGCCUACACCGAUGCCAACAAGCAGGCUGAUGUCACUUGGGAUGAGAAGACUCUGUUCACCUACCUCGAGAACCCCAAGAAGUAUAUCCCCGGUACCAAGAUGGCCUUCGGUGGUCUCAAGAAGGCUAAGGAGAGGAACGACCUCAUCACUUACCUCAAGGAGAGCACCGCCUAAAU